CGAGCAUCAUCUGUGUUGCAAAACUGCUGCUAUCCUCGAGAAGCACCGGCGGAAAAAUGAUUCAGUGGUUCGAAUGAAGCUACAUCACAUGUACAUGUGCAUAUGCCGCAAUUCCGUAACUUAAAAUACUUUAUUUUGGAAGAAGGGGGCUGGAGACUAAUGUGAAAGGGCUUAAGAUUCAUAUUUAUCGCGGCUACAGUUUGCUAAACCCAAUGCCCAAGAACGACAAGGCCGCCACGAGAGAGCUCGACGAUGAGGUCACGGAGUCCGUCAAGGACCUGCUUUCCAACGAGGACGCGUGCGACGACGCGUUCAAGAGGAGCUCGCUGACGGUCGCCGAUGGCGACGGCGGGAAGGAGGAGCGGGACGCGGAGGAGGGCUCGGAGUUCGAGGAGGAGAGGCCGGCCUGGAACAGCAAGCUCCAGUACAUCCUGGCCCAGGUGGGCUUCUCCGUGGGCCUGGGAAACGUGUGGAGGUUCCCCUACCUCUGCCAGAAGAACGGCGGAGGUGCUUACCUGGUGCCCUACCUGAUCCUGCUGGUGCUGAUCGGGAUCCCGCUGUUCUUCCUGGAGCUGGCCGUGGGGCAGCGAAUUCGGCGGGGCAGCAUCGGGGUGUGGAACUACAUCAGCCCCCGCCUGGGUGGGAUCGGCUUCGCCAGCUGCGUGGUGUGCUUCUUUGUGGCCCUGUACUACAAUGUCAUCAUUAGCUGGAGCCUCUUCUACUUCACCCAGUCAUUCCAGCACCCUCUGCCCUGGCAUGAGUGCCCCUUGGUCAAGAACCAGACGCUCACAAUCGUGGAGCCCGAGUGCGAGAAGAGCUCGGCCACCACCUUCUACUGGUACCGUGUGGCGCUGGACAUCUCCGACUCCAUCUCCCACGGCGGCGGGCUCAACUGGAGGAUGACCCUCUGCCUGCUGGCCGCCUGGACCGUGGUGUGUCUGGCCAUGAUCAAGGGCAUCCAGUCCUCGGGGAAGGUGAUGUACUUCAGCUCUCUCUUUCCCUACGUGGUUCUGAUCUGCUUCCUGGUGAGGGCCCUGCUCCUGACCGGGUCCGUCGAUGGCAUCCGCCACAUGUUCACUCCCAAGCUGGAGAUCAUGCUGGAGCCCAAGGUGUGGCGGGAGGCGGCGACGCAGGUGUUCUUCGCCCUGGGCCUGGGCUUCGGCGGGGUCAUCGCCUUCUCCAGCUACAACAAGCAGGACAACAACUGCCACUUCGACGCCGUGCUGGUCUCCCUCAUCAACUUCUUCACCUCCGUGCUCGCCACGCUGGUGGUGUUCGCCGUGCUCGGCUUCAAGGCCAACAUCAUGAACGAGAAGUGCGUCGCGCUAAACACGAAGAAGAUCGUGGGCUACCUCGGCAACGAGAUCAGCCGCGACCUCAUCCCCAAGCACAUCGACUUCGGCCACGUGACCCCGGAGGACUACAAGCAGAUCACGGAGAUCAUCCGCGACGUGAAGGAGAGCGACUACGCGCAGCUGGGGCUGGAGCCGUGCCUCAUCGAGAAUGAAUUAAACCAGGCGGUGCAGGGCACCGGGUUGGCGUUCAUCGCCUUCACCGAGGCCAUGACCCACUUCCCGGCCUCGCCCGUCUGGUCGGUCUUGUUCUUCCUCAUGCUGAUGAACCUGGGCCUGGGCAGCAUGUUCGGCACCAUCGAGGGCAUCAUCACGCCCCUCGUGGACACCUUCAAAGUGCGCAAGGAGUUCCUCACAGUGGGGUGCUGUCUCCUGGCCUUCAGCAUCGGCCUGAUCUUCGUGCAGCGCUCGGGGAACUACUUUGUGGCCAUGUUCGACGACUACUCGGCCACGCUGCCCCUGCUCAUCGUGGUGGUCCUGGAGAACGUGGCCGUGGCCUGGGUCUACGGCAUCGACAAGUUUUUCGAAGACCUGAAAGACAUGCUGGGGUUCUCUCCGUUUCGGUUCUACUACUACAUGUGGAAGUACAUCACCCCGCUGGUUCUGCUGGUCCUGCUGGCCGCCAGCUUCAUCCAACUGGGGAUGACGCCGCCCAGUUACAGCGCCUGGAUCGAGGACCUGGCUCAGGAGAAGGCCCUCAGGUACCCCGGCUGGGGCCUGGCCAUGUGCAUCACGCUGGUCGUCGUGGCGAUUCUCCCGGUGCCCGUGGUCUUCGCGCUGCGCUUCUUCAACCUGCUGGACGAGGGCGCCGGCGGGCUCGCGGCCGUCUCCUACAAGAAGGGCCGCAUGAUCGCGGAGGACGCCAGCCCGGAGGACGACGACGACGCCAGCCUCAUCGGCGGGAAGUCGGCCAGCCAGGCGCCCUCCCCGGCGCCCCCCGGGAAGAGCAUCUACCGGAAGCAGAGCGGGACGGGCGAGCCGGACACCGCGCCCAACGGCCGCUACGGCAUCGGCUACCUGAUGGCCGACGCCCCCGACACGCCCGACGUCUAGGGCCCGCCCGGACCCGGAUUCGGGUCAAAAGCCGGACCGCCUGCGGCACCCGGCGGCGUGAUCACGAACAGCCCCAGGAGCUGUCGGACCAAGAGGGGGUGGGGGU